AUGAAAAGGAUAAGGACGUGCUUAGCGCUCUUGCUAGUCCUCCACGUGCAGCUACCACUAGGUGUGCUCUUUUGCCAUGGCUUCAUCUUAGAUAAUCGAGUGGUUUCGUCUCCCCGUGGAUCAUGGAGAACUCUUCGAAAAAGAAAGCGCGAAGGCAGUAACCCUUCCAGUGGGGUGACCACCGACAGUGUAUACGUCACAUGGGCCAUGUCAGAUGGACACGAAGAGAUGCCCCCUUCCCGUGGUCAUAUACCCAACUUGCUCGAACAACUGUCAGAAGGGGACACAGAACAAGGACCAUCCAAGACUAACGUAAAAACCAAGGCACAAAAGCAAAAGGAAGAAAUGGAGGAAAUUAUAAAAAAAAGCGAAAGCAUAGCAGUAGAGCGUUCCUUCUCCUUUAACAGAAGUGACAUAAGAAUUAAUCCGGAACUCCUAAAAGAGCUCAUUACACAAAAAUACCGAAAGCUCUUUCAGCGGCAUGACAAAGACUGCGGCAGUAGCGAAAUUCAAAUUAUCAUUUUGACCUUCAAAAUAUUUUUCCUUACGGAGCAUAUGAAGAGGAACAAAAAGGACUUUGCCUGCUUGAGAGGCCUCUUCAAAUGUGUAAGCAAACGAAGGAGGUUGCUCGUCUACUUAGGAAGGAAAAAUAGAGAUAUUUUUGAUAAAAUAACAGAUUUUUUUAAAAUUAAAAAACCGCUGCUUCCAGGGACAGCUGAAUAUUACAACAAAGAUCUGAAGUAUGUUCAUUUCCACAACACGAAGAGGUUUAAAAACAACGCGGAACGGAAGAAAAAGGUUAAGGCCAAGAACAAGAAGGUGCAGACGGACAAAAUUUUGUUUGGCGACUGA